UGAUUCAUGUUUGUUUCUCUCUCUCAGAUGGAGUUCAAGGAGAUUACCCCACUGAUGCCUCUGCUGUACCUGAAACGGGCACCACAGAUGUUCCCAGCACUGGAGUAGCUGAUACAACAGUACUCACAGACGCAACCUACAGCUCUGUAGUCACAGGUAAGACAUUAAUAACAUCCCUGUCCAAAAGUCCAGAUCAAAGCUGAAGUCAGUAGUUAUGAUAUGGAGGAUCAGGAGAUGACAACAGGUCAUCAUGUUUUGAGAUUGGCUCUAAUUACACAAUUAAAAUUACAUGGCAACUGAAUGUAAGGUACAGUAUGACAGUAAUACCUUUUCAUUAGCCAUCGGUCACUCAUCUAUAAGUGAAUUACAUCACACCCAUUCAUAACAUUUAAAACAAAUCAAAUCAAAUUGUAUUUGUCACAUGCGCCGAAUACAACAGGUGUAGACCUUACAGUGAAAUGCUUACUUACAAGCCCUUAACCAACAAUGCAGUUUUAAGAAAAAUAAGUGUUAAGUAAAAAAGAGAUAAGUAAAAAUAAAACAAUAAAAAAUAAUUAAAGAGCAGCAGUACAAUAACAGUAGCGAGGCUAUAUAAAGGGGGUACUGGUACAGAGUCAAUGUGAAAUAACAGUAGUGAGGCUAUAUAAAGGGGUACUGGUACAGAGUCAAUGUGAAAUAACAGUAGCGAGGCUAUAUAAAGGGGUACUGGUGCAGAGUCAAUGUGAAAUAACAGUAGUGAGGCUAUAUAAAGGGGUACUGGUACAGCGUCAAUGUGAAAUAACAGUAGCGAGGCUAUAUAAAGGGGUACUGGUACAGAGUCAAUGUGAAAUAACAGUAGGGAGGCUAUAUAAAGGGGUACUGGUACAGAGUCAAUGUGAAAUAACAGUAGUGAGGCUAUAUAAAGGGGUACUGGUACAGCGUCAAUGUGAAAUAACAGUAGGGAGGCUAUAUAAAGGGGUACUGGUACAGAGUCAAUGUGAAAUAACAGUAGUGAGGCUAUAUAAAGGGGUACUGGUACAGAGUCAAUGUGAAAUAACAGUAGGGAGGCUAUAUAAAGGGGUACUGGUACAGAGUCAAUGUGAAAUAACAGUAGUGAGGCUAUAUAAAGGGGUACUGGUACAGAGUCAAUGUGAAAUAACAGUAGUGAGGCUAUAUAAAGGGGUACUGGUACAGAGUCAAUGUGAAAUAACAGUAGUGAGGCUAUAUAAAGGGGUACUGGUACAGAGUCAAUGUGAAAUAACAGUAGUGAGGCUAUAUAAAGGGGUACUGGUACAGAGUCAAUGUGAAAUAACAGUAGUGAGGCUAUAUUUACAUUUACAUUACAUUUUAGUCAUUUAGCAGACGCUCUUAUCCAGAGCGACUUACAGUUAGUGAAUACAUAUAUUUUUAUACUGGCCCCCCGUGGGAAUCGAACCCACAACCCUGGCGUUGCAAACGCCAUGCUCUAUCAACUGAGCUACAUCCCUGCCGGCCAUUCCCUCCCCUACCCUGGACGACGCUGGGCCAAUUGUGCGCCGCCCAUGAGUCUCCCGGUCGCGGCCGGCUGCGACAGAGCCUGGAUUCGAACCAGGAUCUCUAGUGGCACAGUUAGCACUGCGGUGCAGUGCCUUAGACCACUGCGCCACUCAGGAGCUAUAUAAAGGGGUACUGAUACAGAGUCAAUGUGAAAUAACAGUAGCGAGGCUAUAUAAAGGGGUACUGGUACAGAGUCAAUGUGAAAUAACAAUAGUGAGGCUAUAUAAAGGGGUACUGGUACAGAGUCAAUGUGAAAUAACAGUAGGGAGGCUAUAUAAAGGGGUACUGGUACAGAGUCUAUGUGCGGGUCACAGGUUAGUAUUUUUUACUUAUCUAUUUUUCUUUUUUUUUCUUAAAACUGCAUUGUUGGUUAAGGGCUUGUCAGUAAGCAUUUCACUGUAAGGUCUACACCUGUUGUUUUCGGCGCAUGUGACAAAUACAAUUUGAUUUGAUUUGAUAGGAGUCCCAGCCCUCGCAGACGACACCCUGAUAGUCCUUUUCAUUUUUCUUCCCUUUCUCUCAAAUUGUUGAUAAAACCUAACACGACCCACCCCCAACAACAAUCUUCCUCCCAAAUGAACUUCAAUACACUUUACCAUACGUAUGGUCACUUUCCUUUCACAACUGUUCAGUCUGUUAUUAUGUUGUCCUGUCUGCCUGUCCAGUCUGUUAUUAUUAUGUUGUCCUGUCUGCCUGUCCAGUCUGUUGUUAUUAUGUUGUCCUGUCUGCCUGUCCAGUCUGUUGUUAUUAUGUUGUCCUGUCUGCCUGUCCAGUCUGUUAUUAUUAUGUUGUCCUGUCUGCCUGUCCAGUCUGUUAUUAUUAUGUUGUCCUGUCUGCCUGUCCAGUCUGUUAUUAUUAUGUUGUCCUGUCUGCCUGUCCAGUCUGUUGUUAUUAUGUGGUCCUGUCUGACUGUCCAGUCUGCUGUUAUUAUGUUGUCCUGUCUGCCUGUCCAGUCUGUUAUUAUUAUGUUGUCCUGUCUGCCUGUCCAGUCUGUUAUUAUUAUGUUGUCCUGUCUGCCUGUCCAGUCUGUUGUUAUUAUGUUGUCCUGUCUGCCUGUCCAGUCUGUUGUUAUUAUGUUGUCCUGUCUGCCUUUCCAGUCUGUUAUUAUUAUGUUGUCCUGUCUGCCUGUCCAGUCUGUUAUUAUUAUGUUGUCCUGUCUGCCUGUCCAGUCUGUUGUUAUUAUGUUGUCCUGUCUGACUGUCCAGUCUGUUGUUAUUAUGUUGUCCUGUCUGCCUGUCCAGUCUGUUGUUAUUAUGUUGUCCUGUCUGCCUGUCCAGUCUGUUAUUAUUAUGUUGUCCUGUCUGCCUGUCCAGUCUGUUGUUAUUAUGUUGUCCUGUCUGCCUGUCCAGUCUGUUGUUAUUAUGUUGUCCUGUCUGCCUGUCCAGUCUGUUAUUAUUAUGUUGUCCUGUCUGCCUGUCCAGUCUGUUAUUAUUAUGUUGUCCUGUCUGCCUGUCCAGUCUGUUAUUAUUAUGUUGUCCUGUCUGCCUGUCCAGUCUGUUGUUAUUAUGUGGUCCUGUCUGACUGUCCAGUCUGCUGUUAUUAUGUUGUCCUGUCUGCCUGUCCAGUCUGUUAUUUUUAUGUUGUCCUGUCUGCCUGUCCAGUCUGUUAUUAUUAUGUUGUCCUGUCUGCCUGUCCAGUCUGUUGUUAUUAUGUUGUCCUGUCUGCCUGUCCAGUCUGUUGUUAUUAUGUUGUCCUGUCUGCCUUUCCAGUCUGUUAUUAUUAUGUUGUCCUGUCUGCCUGUCCAGUCUGUUAUUAUUAUGUUGUCCUGUCUGCCUGUCCAGUCUGUUGUUAUUAUGUUGUCCUGUCUGACUGUCCAGUCUGUUGUUAUUAUGUUGUCCUGUCUGCCUGUCCAGUCUGUUGUUAUUAUGUUGUCCUGUCUGCCUGUCCAGUCUGUUAUUAUUAUGUUGUCCUGUCUGCCUGUCCAGUCUGUUGUUAUUAUGUUGUCCUGUCUGCCUGUCCAGUCUGUUGUUAUUAUGUUGUCCUGUCUGCCUGUCCAGUCUGUUGUUAUUAUGUUGUCCUGUCUGCCUGUCCAGUCUGUUAUUAUUAUGUUGUCCUGUCUGCCUUUCCAGUCUGUUGUUAUUAUGUGGUCCUGUCUGACUGUCCAGUCUGCUGUUAUUAUGUUGUCCUGUCUGCCUGUCCAGUCUGUUAUUAUUAUGUUGUCCUGUCUGCCUGUCCAGUCUGUUAUUAUUAUGUUGUCCUGUCUGCCUGUCCAGUCUGUUGUUAUUAUGUUGUCCUGUCUGCCUGUCCAGUCUGUUGUUAUUAUGUUGUCCUGUCUGCCUUUCCAGUCUGUUAUUAUUAUGUUGUCCUGUCUGCCUGUCCAGUCUGUUAUUAUUAUGUUGUCCUGUCUGCCUGUCCAGUCUGUUGUUAUUAUGUUGUCCUGUCUGACUGUCCAGUCUGUUGUUAUUAUGUUGUCCUGUCUGCCUGUCCAGUCUGUUGUUAUUAUGUUGUCCUGUCUGCCUGUCCAGUCUGUUAUUAUUAUGUUGUCCUGUCUGCCUGUCCAGUCUGUUGUUAUUAUGUUGUCCUGUCUGCCUGUCCAGUCUGUUGUUAUUAUGUUGUUCUGUCUGCCUGUCCAGUCUGUUAUUAUUAUGUUGUCCUGUCUGCCUGUCCAGUCUGUUAUUAUUAUGUUGUCCUGUCUGCCUGUUCGUCUCUACCAGUACUUGUUGCAUGUUUGUCUUGUUUGUUUUCUCCUUCACGUCUAUUGACUUACAGUGGGGGGAAAAAGUAUUUAGUCAGCCACCAAUUGUGCAAGUUCUCACACUUAAAAAGAUGAGAGAGGCCUGUACUUUUCAUCAUAGGUACACGUCAACUAUGACAGACAAAAUGAGGAAAAAAAAUCCAGAAAAUCACAUUGUAGGAUUUUUAAUGAAUUUAUUUGCAAAUUAUGGUGGAAAAUAAGUAUUUGGUCAAUAAUAAAAUUUUCUCAAUACUUUGUUAUAUACCCUUUGUUGGCAAUGACACAGGUCAAACGUUUUCUGUAAGACGAGUUGAGUUUCUACCAAAAAGUUAUAUUUUGGUUUCAUCUGACCAUAUGACAUUCUCCCAAUCCUCUUCUGGAUCAUCGAAAUGCACUCUAGCAAACUUCAGACGGGCCUGGACAUGUACUGGCUUAAGCAGGGGGACACGUCUGGCCCUGCAGGAUUUGAGUCCCUGGCGGCGUAGUGUGUUACUGAUGGUAGGCUUUGUUACUUUGGUCCCAGCUCUCUGCAGGUCAUUCACUAGGUCCCCCCGUGUGGUUCUGGGAUUUUUGCUCACCGUUCUUGUGAUCAUUUUGACCCCACGGGGUGAGAUCUUGCGUGGAGCCCAAGAUCGAGGGAGAUUAUCAGUGGUCUUGUAUGUCUUCCAUUUCCUAAUAAUUGCUCCCACAGUUGAUUUCUUCUAACCAAGCUGCUUACCUAUUGCAGAUUCAGUCUUCCCAGCCUGGUGCAGGUCUACAAUUUUGUUUCUGGUGUCCUUUGACAGCUCUUUGGUCUUGGCCAUAGUGGAGUUUGGAGUGUGACUGUUUGAGGUUGUGGACAGGUGUCUUUUAUACUGAUAACAAGUUCAAACAGGUGCCAUUAAUACAGGUAACGAGUGGAGGACAGAGGAGCCUCUUAAAGAAGAAGUUACAGGUCUGUGAGAGCCAGAAAUCUUGCUUGUUUGUAGGUGACCAAAUACUUAUUUUCCACCAUAAUUUGCAAAUAAAUUCAUUAAAAAUCCUACAAUGUGAUUUUCUGGAUUUUAUUUCUCAAUUUGUCUGUCAUAGUUGACGUGUACCUACGAUGAAAAUUACAGGCCUCUCUCAUCUUUGUAAGUGGGAGAACUUGCACAAUUGGUGGCUGACUAAAUACUUUUUUCCCCACUGUACAUCUGGUAACUGGGUUAGGAAGGGUUGUGGGUGGGAUUGGGAGGAUUCAGGGGGUCGGUGAAGGGGUCUGGGUAGCCUACUCAGAGCGGCUUCAGUUGUGUAUAAAAUAUGUUUAAUUGUUUUUAUUUUUAUUAAAGUUAUGUAUACUACCGCAACCCCCCAAGCACCUGUAGACGACACAGCCACUACCGUUGCCGACUACACAGUCAAUGCCACUACUGGGAGCAGUGCUCCUGGAUCAGACCAGGACACUGCCUUCACCUCCAUGGUGCCAAAGACUGACCCCUUAACAGGAGGUGAAACCUCUGGAACCACGGCUGGACCUGGUGUAGACACACAGGGCACUGAAGCAACUGAUGCCCCUGUUGCACCGGUUGUACCCGAGACAGAGGCCCAUGUUGAUCUUGUGAAUGUGAGUAAUACCUAACUAAUGGGGAAUACCUACAAUAUAUUUAGAUGCUGUAUCAUACUGAAAUGCUAAAAGAAGGUUAAAUGAUGUAUAUAAACCGUGAAUUGCUGAUGCUAUGUAUUGGCCAAUGAGAGGCUUUGAAGCCACUGGUCAGCCAUAUUGGCACUCCUCUCAGAAGACGCAGUCCUCCAUAGGAAGGAAUUCAAUUCUACAGUAUUUCAAUUAAAUGUUUCAAGGACAAAAUGACGUAUUUAAGUAUUUUGUUGUUGUAGUGGGGACAGUAACAUUAGAACUUUCCAAAAAUUUUACUUUGAGGAAAAUGUUAUAUAUUUAAAUUGUUUAUGUUUAUCUCACAUUAUAUAAUUUAAAAAUAUUCAUUAAGGUGUCUGUAAUAGAAUACAUGUUGUAAAAACAAAUGUAGACAUUAAUAAAUGCAUUUCUAUAGCUUCCAAAAUAUUUUUUUUACAAUGCUGGAUGAGUGCCAAGAUGGAAAUGCGGUGGCUUCAAAACAGUGCACCCUGUCAAUCAUCUAGUGUAUACACUGAGUGUACAAAACAUUAGGAACACCUGCUCUUUUCAUGACAUGGACUAUCUAGGUGAAAGCUAUUAUCCCUUAUUGAUGUCACUAGUCAAAUCCAAUUCAAUCAGUGCAGAGGAAGCGGAGGAGACAGGUUAAAGAAGGAUUUUUAAGCCUUGAGAUAUGGAUUGUGCAUGUGUGCCAUUGAGAGUGAAUGGGCAAGACGAAAGAUUUAAGUGCCUUUGAAUGGGGUAUGGUAGUAGGUUCUAGGCGCUCCGGUUUGAGUGUGUCAAGAACUGCAACACUGCUGUUUUUUUUACACGCAACAGUUUCCCGUGUGUGUCAGGAAUGGGCCACCACCCAAAGGACAUCCAGCCAACUUGACACAACUCUAGGACAGCAAAUUAACUUCGAAUUCCCUGUAUCAUAACUCAAUGCAGAGGGAAUGUAGCAGAUUGUGAGUGAAUGUAAAGAUGAGUUUACAUAAUCUGAUGAUGUCAACACUUGAGUGAAAGCUUUAUACCAUCUCUGUGUUUCUGCAGCCCACUGUUGAGUGUGUGGACAAGGAGGCAGUGAAGGACAAGGAUGCAGUCAAGGUGGAGCUUUUGUCAGAAACCACCUGUGUGAGUAUCAACAUGUUUUACUGUUAUUAUGAAAUGUCUCCAUAUGGACUUUUCCCAUGCCAUAUUAGCCUCUGUGCUCUACCACCCCAGCUAGCUCUUGUCUGUCAUAAAACAGAACAAUACAGUCUAAGCCGCAUGCAAGGGUAUCUCUGGUACAGUUGCCCUCCCCCAGCCUCUACCACAGUGUGUAUUGGACUACAUUCUGUUUCCAACCACAGCCCUUACAGAGAUAUCAGCCUGUACCAGCCAGCUGCCUGGGAGACAGAUGGACAGAUACAGACAUGAGGAAAGAACCAUGGGCCUCUUACCCUUCAGCCCUGGUGCCACGUUUCAUAUACCCUGGCCCUUAUCUGGCUCCCAGCACCUUGGCCUGGGAGGAAGUCUCUGUCUCAUUCCACUUAAUAUGUUUAAGAUGAAUAUGUUCCAAAUAGCUUGUUGGAAAUAUGGGGCCUGAUAAAGGCAGAUCUGCUCUCAGACAUUAUUUUUGUCCUUCUAAAUCAUCUGUCCGUCUGUCGUCACAGAAGACAAACGAAGAAAAGGACAAUGUUUUUUGCUCCCUGGGCAUCUCUGUGUGCUCUAGGGUUCAGAGGUCAAUGGAAGAAUAGCAGGGGGUGUAGAGCGGGUCGCUGGUGUAGUGGAACCCUCGGUGUGAGAUGGAAUGAAACACCAUAGUAGUGUUGACUGAUGUCAGGAUAAUUCCAUAAAGACAUGUACCCAUGAACAAAAAAAAACACCUUGUCAGAACAAUAAGGGAUUGACGUGUGGUUCUAGCCUGCUAAUCCAAGCAUGAUUCAAGGAACAUGUUCGGCUGAGCGGUAUUAUCCGUCUUCUGUGGAGCCACACAAGAAGCACUCUUGUCCUGUAGUGUAGUUGGAUAUACAGUAUCACAGUGCAUUCUCUAAAGCAACUGCAGAGCUGUCUGUGCUGAGUCAAUCAUAUAUCCCGUGGUACUGUACAGUACCCUCAACAUUUAUGACUGAGGGUAUGAUAUGAAGUUAAGUGAGGGAUCAUAUGUUUAAAUGAUCCAUGCGAACCUGACACUGACCAUGGAGAGGACCGACCAGAGAAAUUGGCCCGGGGACCAGGUCUGAAACAAGUGGAAAAAGACAAACGUUCUCAGAGUGAGUGAGCUGCUGGGAAAGCCUUGAUAAGUCAAGAGUAAUGUCUAUCUAUCCGAUUCUAUCCAUGGAGCCGUUCCCAUCAACCGAGAUCCACUCCAAAGUAGUGGAAAAUCUCUCAAUGAGAAAAGUCUCAGAAUUUGUUCUCUAAAAAACAUCCCCUGUGAAUUCCCAUGAGAAACGCUGUCCCUUUUUCUGAGUUUUCAGUCAACACUAUAAAUGGCAGCAGCUAAUAAUAACACAAUUACUAUAAAGAACACACACACUAGUCUCACUCAAGGCCUUAGAUGUCAAUCACAAACAGCCAUCUUUAUCUCAAUGAAAAUAAACAGAGAUGCAGACAUUGUGUUGUUGUUGCCAAGAGUGAGGCUGAGGUCAUCCCUGAGAGAGGCCCACUGUGACGAACGUUAGAGAUCCUGAGCGUAGCUUUAAUGAGUCACUGGUGGAGCAGGGAGAGAGGGGGAGAGCGAGAGAGGGGGGGGCUUUAAUGUAUGCACUCACUAACUGUAAGUCGCUCUGGAUAAGAGUGUCUGCUAAAUGACUAAAAUGUAAAUGUAAAAUGAGUAGUAGGGAGUGGGGAGCUGAUGUGGGCUGUGCAAGGUUCCUUCCUUCCUAACCAUAGGAUAGCUCAGUGUUAUGGAAGACCAGGCUGUAGCUGUGGGCCUCCUGACUGAGGAUGCUGUGUUUGCACAUAGCGGCCUAUGGAGAAGAGAAGCGCUGUCUGGAUCGCAUUACACAGAGUGGGGAGGGACAGCUCCCAUCCCAAGGCCCUUGGAUCGCAUUACACAGAGUGGGGAGGGACAGCUCCCAUCCCAAGGCCCUUGGAUCGCAUUACACAGAGUGGGGAGGGACAGCUCCCAUCCCAAGGCCCUUGGAUCGCAUUACACAGAGUGGGGAGGGACAGCUCCCAUCCCAAGGCCCUUGGAUCGCAUUACACAGAGUGGGGAGGGACAGCUCCCAUCCCAAGGCCCUUGGAUCGCAUUACACAGAGUGGGGAGGGACAGCUCCCAUCCCAAGGCCCUUGUGCAAUGUGAUGAUAUCAUGGUUCAAGACGAAGGCGGGAGAGAGAGGGGGGGUGUGGUCGCCGAGCUGUUUUGCAUCCGAUGCUAUCCCUCUUCCAUUACGCAAACACAAAGGCAUAUGGCGUGGUGAACGCACAGACUCACACACUCCGCUGGACAGAUUCACACGCACACCCACAUAAUAUUUAACACUCUGCAAGUCUACUGUGAAGCAUCUGAGAGGCAUUAACACUACAGAGGGAGGGCGAGAACGCUGAGAAAGAGAGCAGAGUGUGUGUUUGUAGAUGGCUCAAACCCUGACCGUCAUUGUGUGUUUGGUGUGGUGACGUUAAGAUGAGGAUAGACAUUUACAUUUACAUUUUAGCAGACGCUCUUAUCCAGAGCAAUUUACAGGAGCAAUUAGGGUUAAGUGCCUUGCUUAAGGGCACAUCGACAGAUUUUUCACCUAGUCGGCUCGGGGAUUAGAACCAGCGACCUUUCGGUUACUGGCACAACGCUCUUACCCACUAAGCUACCUGCCGCCCCAUCCUCCCUGCCUAGGAGAACCGCAAUAGUCGGUGCAGCCUAGUCCCAUUGGGUCACUGUAACAGGGCGUGCCAAAAUACUCUGGGGACCUCUGGCUUUCUGUGAGAAUAAACUGAUUAGAAAUCUGUGUCAUCAUCAGAGUGCUGUGGUUUUAACACAUAAAUCAUUGUGUUUAUAGUUGAGAGUUGAGCAUAACGAUAUAUGAUCAUUAAACUGACAUGUUUUUCCCAUAGUCGGAGACCAAGAGAAUCUUAGAGGAUUUAGCCUGGUGCACAGGGGACUGCAACCUUCAAGUGUUCCAGGAAGAGAACUCUAACACAUUGGUUUUGACACGCGCUUAUGGUAGGUUUCCCUGUAAUGCCUCAUAAUAGUGAUCAUCAUAACAAUACGUUACAGUAAUGAGUUUCUUUGAACGCUAUAGUUUUCUUAUCUAGACAAUCUGAAUAUUUGACUGAAUUACCAAGAAGGUAUUUUCCUAACUUCCAUUGGUCUCUCCUUACAGGUGGUGUCAAAGAAUUGUCAGAGAGCCUGAUCAGUGAAAGUAUCAAGGGUCAGGUAUGUCCACUUCUCCAAACUCAUACUUAGUCACUUUUAACAACUGUAGCUACUGUAUAGUCAUCAUCCCCAUAGCAAUAGAUGGAAGGGAAACUGUAUUGAUUCACAUGCUAUCUUUUAUGUACACAACUCUAAAUGGACUGUGACACAGGUACCAUGAUAGUUUUAUAAGAGAGAGACAUGGACAGUGUAGGGAACCAACCAGGCAGUGGAAUGCUAUGCAGGGCCCCACUUACAAAUCGCAAUCUGGUUUAAUAUAACAAAGUGUCUUGGCGUAAAGCCUGGGAGUGAACUAACCAUGACGUGAACAGUCCCCAGGCACCAGGGUGAGGAAUCCAUAGAGAUCCUAUUAUAUUACUAGAGAGGCUAUGUCAUAAACCCUCAAAGUUCCAUAUGGGGCCAAAAUGGAAGCCAUCUUGGUCAGGGAGAAAACCAAAACCAGUCUAAUUGGAAUGAAUGGCAGUAGAGGCAUAGGUGAUGCAUUUCCUGCUUUUACGUAUGCAGGAAAAUAAAAGUAAGGCAUGUGAUGCAUCAGAAAUGUAAUGGAAUUAUAGUCAACUUAAAAUAUUGUCAUGUAAUUAUAAAUACAGUUUAUACAGGUUUUAUACACAUUUUAUGUAUAAAUAGCCUCUAAAAUGUAUGUAAACAGACCAGAAAUGUCUCAGAUUUUGUUUUCUUGGAAAGCUGUGAGUGCUAUUAUAUGAUACAAUAUCAGUACUUGUUGCAUUUACAACUUGUCUAUGUCCUAUCAUCAACUGAUUUGAGGCAGUAUAUGGCUGUGGAUUGACUGCAUUGUUUGAAUGGAAUGUUUUCAUAUUGUAAAUUAAUUUGAAAAAUGUAUGGAUUCUCCCGAGUGGCGCAGUGGUCUAAGGCACUGCAUCGCAGUGCUAGCUGUGCCACUAGAGAUCCUGGUUAGAGUCCAGGCUCUGUCGCAGCCAGCCGCGAACGGGAGACCCAUGGGCGGCGCACAAUUGGUCCAGCGUCGUCCAAGGUAGGGGAGGGUUUGGCCGGCAGGGAUGUGGGUUUGUUUCCCACGGGGGGCCAGUAUGAUUUUUUUUUUUUUUUUUUUUUUUUUUUAAAUACAUGUAUGCAUUCACUAACUGUAAGUCGCUCUGGAUAAGAGCGUCUGCUAAAUUACUAAAAUGUAAAAAAUGAAUCAUUCCUCUAAAACUGUCUGGCUAGCUAGAUAACACGCAGAUAAAUUCUUCACAUUCAUUGUUGUACAUAAUAUCUUAUCACAGCACUGGCAAACCAUGGUUGACCAACUCCCUGACCAACAUGGCUGACCUUUGGACCAUCAUAUGAACGUUCAUGUCCAUUCUAGUAUUCUAAUUCCUAAUUCUAUGGAGGAAUCUCCCCUAGCUUCCCAGAGUCCCCUCCAUAGAUACACACGGUGUGGCAUGGCUUAACCCCUAGUAAAGAAAUCCUAUAGGAUUCUAAUUUUAAAGAUCCAAUAGAAAAUCCCUAUCAGAUUUUCAAACCAGUCCUAUUGGACUCCUAUAGGAUUCUAUCCUACAGGAUUCUAUCCUAUAGGAUAUGUUCCGAAAUCUGAUAGGAUUUUCUAUUGGAUUUUUAAAAUUGGAAUCCCAUAUCAGAUUUUGGAAGCUAUCCUAUGGGAUUUUAUCCUAUAGGUUAAAAUCCUAUAGGAGUCCAAUAGGACUGGUUCCAAAAUCUGAUAGGAUUUUUCUAUUGGAUUCUUGUAUUGGAAUCCUAUAGGAUCCUGUUAGAUAAAAUCCUACACAAUAGAAUCCCAUAGGAGUCCAAUAGGACUGGUUCCAAAAUAUGAUAUGAUUGUUCUAUUGGUCAGACUGCAAAUGAACUUGCAGCCUUGAAUCACUCCUAUAGGAUUACAAUACAAAAAUCCUAUAAGAAUCCAAUAGAAAAUCUUAUCAGAUUUCAGAACCUAUCCUGUAGGAUUUUAUCCUAUAGGAUUCUUGUAUUGGAAUUUUAUAGGAUCCUAUUAGAUAAAAUCCUAUACGAUAGAAUCCCAUAGGAGUCCAAUAGGACUGGUUCCAAAAUAUGAUAGGAUUGAAUCACUCCCAUAUUGUGGUGGUGUGUUGAAGAGGUUGAGAUCCUCAGGGAAAUAUCACUGGUGUGAGUUGGCAGAGAUGGAGAUUGUGCUCUGGAGAGACAUGGGAGAGAGACUGUUCCUUAGUUUACUGGUCUUUAAUCUUGAUUGCAGUUUACCAUAAAUGUUCAGGUUUCUGUGCCAUAUUUAGCUGUGAGUUUGUCCAAUAAAGCUACGUAUUAGAUUAUUUAAGAUUAUUUGCGCUAAUUUCCUGUACGUGGACAACCUCAUGUUUUAACCACAUCGAAUUGAGGGUAAUUACACAUCCUUUUUACAUCAGAUUAGUGAUAUUAGUAUAAACGUUUAUAGUAAUCACAAUGACAGAAAAUUGAUUGUUUAAAACAGAUCAAUAUCAUUUGUUUUGUACCGUUGAUUUUGUCAUAUGUGCUGGCGGUUUUAGGACUUAGAAUUCUACUAUUUUUUUCAAACUGAAAUGGCAGGGAACAUUUAGGGCGCUCUCUGUAUAAAAGCCUCACACCAAUACAUGGAUUUGAGAGUCAAAUUAUCACUCAAAUAACAGCCAACUCUUGUCACUGUUGAUAUCCUAUGGCAGGUCGUGAUUCGUUGAAGUUAAAUAACAAAGCAACUGAUUUGUUUCCUACCCCGUUUCGGCAGCCUAAAAAACCUUCCAUCCAACAUUCUAGAAUUUAGAUGACUGCAAAUUCUCUUCUAACCAGUGAUAUACAAAUUAUUCUCAGAUUCAAUCCAGAUUCACUGUGGCCUUUUGAAUAGUGUUAGUUUAAACAGCGCAUACAAGCCAAAAGUUUUUGCCCCACUCUAUAGAUUUCAACGUGAUAUCAAUAUGAGUGAUUAACAAAUUGACAAAGUGUUGCAUUUCUCUUUUCGUUUUGGCAACCCCCAAAUCAAAAUGCAUCACUCCAAAAUAUAGCUGGUUGUCUUCAGCCGGUUUUCCUUUAACGAGUAAUGCAAACAAUAUUUCCAUGUGGUUUUUGAGUUGUGCUAGUUUCAACAGUGCAUACAACUUGAUUUCCCCGUUAUCUACAGUGGGGAAAAAAAGUAUUUAGUCAGCCACCAAUUGUGCAGGUUCUCCCACUUAAAAAGAUGAGAGAGGCCUGUAAUUUUCAUCAUAGGUACACGUCAACUAUGACAGACAAAUUGAGAAAAGAAAAUCCAGAAAAUCACAUUGUAGGAUUUUUAAUGAAUUUAUUUGCAAAUUAUGGUGGAAAAUAAGUAUUUGGUCACCUACAAACAAGCAAGAUUUCUGGCUCUCACAGACCUGUAACUUCUUCUUUAAGAGGCUCCUCUGUCCUCCACUCGUUACCUGUAUUAAUGGCACCUGUUUGAACUUGUUAUCAGUAUAAAAGACACCUGUCCACAACCUCAAACAGUCACACUCCAAACUCCACUAUGGCCAAGACCAAAGAGCUGUCAAAGGACACCAGAAACAUAAUUGUAGACCUGCACCAGGCUGGGAAGACUGAAUCUGCAAUAGGUAAGCAGCUUGGUUUGAAGAAAUCAACUGUGGGAGCAAUUAUUAGGAAAUGGAAGACAUACAAGACCACUGAUAAUCUCCCUCGAUCUGGGGCUCCACGCAAGAUCUCACCCCGUGGGGUCAAAAUGAUCACAAGAACGGUGAGCAAAAAUCCCAGAACCACACGGGAGGACCUAGUGAAUGACCUGCAGAGAGCUGGGACCAAAGUAACAAAGCCUACCAUCAGUAACACACUACGCCGCCAGGGACUCAAAUCCUGCAGUGCCAGACGUGUCCCCCUGCUUAAGCCAGUACAUGUCCAGGCCCGUCUGAAGUUUGCUAGAGUGCAUUUGGAUGAUCCAGAAGAGGAUUGGGAGAAUGUCAUAUGGUCAGAUGAAACCAAAAUAGAACUUUUUGGUAAAAACUCAACUCGUCGUGUUUGGAGGACAAAGAAUGCUGAGUUGCAUCCAAAGAACACCAUACCUACUGUGAAGCAUGGGGGUGGAAACAUCAUGCUUUGGGGCUGUUUUUCUGCAAAGGGACCAGGACGACUGAUCCGUGUAAAGGAAAGAAUGAAUGGGGCCAUGUAUCGUGAGAUUUUGAGUGAAAACCUCCUUCCAUCAGCAAGGGCAUUGAAGAUGAAAUGUGGCUGGGUCUUCCAGCAUGACAACGACCCGAAACACACAGCCAGGGCAACUAAGGAGUGGCUCCGUAAGAAGCAUCUCAAGUUUCUGGAGUGGCCUAGCCAGUCUCCAGACCUGAACCCAAUAGAAAAUCUUUGGAGGGAGCUGAAAGUCCGUAUUGCCCAGCGACAGCCCCGAAACCUGAAGGAUCUGGGGAAGGUCUGUAUGGAGGAGUGGGCCAAAAUCCCUACUGCAGUGUGUGCAAACCUGGUCAAGACCUACAGGAAACGUAUGAUCUCUGUAAUUGCAAACAAAGGUUUCUGUACCAAAUAUUAUGUUCUGCUUUUCUGAUGUAUCAAAUACUUAUGUCAUGCAAUAAAAUGCAAAUUAAUUACUUAAAAAUCAUACAAUGUGAUUUUCUGGAUUUUUGUUUUAGAUUCCGUCUCUCACAGUUGAAGUGUACCUAUGAUAAAAAUUACAGACCUCUACAUGCUUUGUAAGUAGGAAAACCUGCAAGAUCGGCAGUGUAUCAAAUACUUGUUCUCCCCUCUGUAGCUGAACUUGGUAGUUAGGCUAAUUAACACUGCGAGCUCGUGCUAGCUGUGACGUCAUCAGUCACUCUUAAAAGAUGCACUAUGCAGAAAUCGCUCUAAUAGUUAACCCAAUUUCAAGCAAAUAUAGUGUAGAGAAUCAGUUCAGUAUAAUGUAAUUACUCUACCCUACUCUACUGGACUGUAUUGUACUCUGCUCUACUUUUCUUUACUGUACUCUACUGUGCUAUACUGUAGUUAAAUAUUUGCAAACUUAAGGUGUCAUAUCAUAGCUGACACCCCAUUCUUUCUGCAGACAUCUUUGAAUCUUAAUUCGGAGUAGAUAUUUAACAGUUUUGGGACAUUUUUGGUCACAUAAACUGAGGGAGAUUUUACUGUCAUUCAAAUCAAAUCAAAUUGUAUUUAUCACAUGCGCCGAAUACAACAGGUGUAGUCCUUACAGUGAAAUGCUUACUUACAAGCCCUUAACCAACAAUGCAGUUUUAAGAAAAAAAAGUGUUAAGUAAAAAAUAGAUAACAAAAAAAUUAAAAUUAAAGAGCAGCAGUAAAAUAACUGUAGCGAGGCUAUAUUUACAUUUACGUCAUUUAGCAGACGCUCUUAUCCAGAGCGACUUACAAAUUGGUGCAUUCACCUUAUGAUAGCCAGUGGGACAACCACUUUUUUUUAUAUAUCUUUGUAAAUGUUUAAUUUUUAUAUAUAUAUAUAUAUAUAUAUAUAUAUAUAUAUAUAUAUAUAUAUAUAUACAGGUGGUACCGGUACAGAGUCAGUGUGUGGGGGCACAGGUUAGUCGAAGUAAUUGAGGUAGUAUGUACAUGUAGGUAGAGUUAAAAUGACUAUGCAUAGAUAAUAAACAGAGUAGCAGCAGCAUAAAAGAGGGGGUGGGGUGGGGACAAUGCAAAUAGUCCAGGUAGCCAUUCUGUUUCCAAAAUUUGCACCUGCAGUGUUCCUCAAUUUUAAUGCGUUUUAGUCAAAUGUUCAGUGGCAGUUGUUAGACUUCUGGAUAUAGGUGUAUGGUUUGUUAAACUUUGCAAUGGACACAGACGUCAGUUCAAUGUCUAUUUUUGAUUUACAUUUGGUUGAGUAGUCAACUAGCGUGAAUUCACCAUGAAAUCCCCCCCAAAAUCCACCAUGACAUUAGAUUUAGGUUAAAGUGGGGUAAAGAAAAAAAAAUCCCUUACAUUGACUUUUUGUAAAUCCAAUCAGUUUUCCACGUUGAGUCAACGUCAUCACAUAGGGAAAAAAAUGUUUUAAUUAUUUUAUUUAUUUUAUUUAUUUUUAUUUUUUAUUUUUGGUCAUUUAGCAGACGCUCUUAUCCAGAGCGACUUACAGGAGCAAUUAGGGUUAAGUGCCUUGCUCAAGGGCACAUCGACAGAUUUUUCACCUAGUCGGCUCGGGGAUUAGAACCAGCGACCUUUCGGUUACUGGCACAACGCUCUUACCCACUAAGCUACCUGCCGCCCGUUAAUGACGUGGAAACAACGUUGAUUCAACCACUUUUUGCCCAGUGGGAUAUGACUCCAUCUAUUAACAAAGUUCUCUCUCUAUCUCUGUCAAUCUGUCUGUCUGUUUCUCUCUCACUGUCUUUGUUUGUUUGUGUGUGUGUGUGUAGCUGGGUGUGGUGGAGGCAGCUCCUCAGUUGGGAACACACUCUCCCAUUGUGCUGGUGUCCCUGCUCAUCACUGGCCUGCUGCUGGCUGCUGCCCUCAUCGGAUGCUACUGUAUAAAGAACAACCGUGGACACAACGCCAAGGGCAUGAGGCUGGUCAGUCACCUUCUAUCUCUUACUACACUGGCUGACCAUUGUUUUGGUUGGCUGUACCUCUAGCCCUCUACGUGUCUUACUCCAGAGCUAUUAGCAUGUUUUCUUUUCAUUUGUGAAUGACUUUAGCUUGUAAUUCAUUGGUUGUAUACUUUAUCAUACAUUUUAGCACCACUGGUUAACCUUGAGCAUAGGCCAACUGUGCCGUAGUGUGUGUUUGGUGUAUGUGUCUGUGUGCUUGUGUGUGCAUGCUUGCAUACAACUGUUUCAUCUCCUGGCCAAAAAGCCACAGCUGUUUUUCUCUAAAAACAGUCAGUAGUGAUGUCACAUGAUAAAGACCCUCCACCGGGUAUGUGCCUCAGAGAGAAACCCAGAGAGUGCUGCUAGUGGAGGAAAGACAUCCAUAAUGUUUGUUUAUAAUUGUCGAGCAGCCUGUUGAUGUUGACCGUGUGUGUAUGGUGUGUGUGUGUGUGUGUGUGUGCAGGCUGAGGAGGCGUACCCAGUCGAUGAGGAGAACCAGGGGAACACCCUGGUGUCUGUUGCCCCUCUCAACCCCCCUGAGACCCUGGAGAAGCCUGCUAACGGGGACUCCCAAGAGGCCGCCAAGACCCAGCCCCCUCCCACCAACGGCCACUCCACCACCAAGACGGCAGACACAGAGCUGUGAAGCCCCCCUAGAACCCCAGGAGAAGAAUGGAUCAGAUCCCACACCCCUUCUCCAACACCAACCCUUCCCCCCCAGAACACCCCAGAGACCCCAUCCUACCAUGGACAUCAGGGACUAGAACUACCCCUCUUAACCCCCACAUAAACACUCCUUUAGACUCUCCGUGUGCCCCACUUCGGCUACAUGCCUCAACAUUUAAAAUGGAGGGACAACCCCAUGGUAAAGUAAUCAGAUAAGAUUAUAAUGAACAGGUGUUGAUGACGAUAAUGUGAAUGAUGAUGAUGAUGCCGAGGGCUGUGUCCCUAUCCCUGGGUUGCUGACGUCAUGCAGGGCUGGAGACUGGGCCAGGGUUAGGACUGGGUGGUGAGGAGGGAGGGUUUUAUGUUGUUAAUCACCACUGGCUCUAAGACUGCAGCUUGGGUCACAUCAACCAUGUGCUCACUUUCGAUGCCCAGGAGGGGCCCUGCCUGCACAUGUCAUCAGGUUUAAAGCUUCCUUCCAUAAAUCCUUUAACCAUAAAUUGAAGCACUGCAUCACUACCAUUCAAAUUGGUCCUCAGUCGAUCAUAAAAAGGAGAAAAGAAAAUAACACGUCCUUGAAUCUGUUUACAAACUUCUCAGAGUGGGAGCUGAGCUAGUUUGGUAAUCUAUGUGUUUGUGUUUGUUUUCUGUGUGUGCGUGUAAGGAGUGUUGCUGUGUGUGUGACAGCAGUAUGUGUUUGUUUUCUGUGUGUACAGAUGGAUGUGUGUUGGCAUGUGAGUGUGUUUGUGUGCAUGCGAGAAUGUACAUGUGUGUGUCAGCAAAAAAAAGAAUAAUACAAUUUAGUAAAAUAAGCAGACAAGGUGAUUGCUUGGGGAGAUAGGUCCCCAGUAGGGAAGUGGAGAGGGGUCUUCUUUUGGUGCUUAAUCUCACUGUGUCAAUCUGUAGCAGAAGAAGCAGGAAGGAAUUAUCCCCUUCUUUACUGCAAGUUGAACCCAGAUCAGCCAAUGGCCUGACAGAAAAACUAGAUCCACACAGUGUCACAAUGGUGACUGCUGAAAACCAUACCAGACUGAUUUGUAUAAGGUCUGGGACACAGUGUCGUGUAUAUAAAGAGGUCAGGUGUGCCAAUCCUUUAAAAUAAGUCAGUAUUAUUCUCUUUUUAAUACCUUUGUAACAGUAUAUAAUUAGACACUUAAUACAUACAUUAUUCUAUGGAACAAUGUUGUAUAAUAUGAUGUUUCUGUUUUGUCUUGUGUUUUGUUUUUGUUAAUCUUGUGUAUUCACACUUGCUUUGUUCUAAGCCAAAGAAAUCAUUUUCACCAGCUUGCCAUGCAGAGAUACUGUAUAACACAGAA